GCGACUUUUUCGCUAGUAGAACUUAUCCAUUAUGAAAUUCACUAUAGUUACGUUAGCUGUAUUGAGCGUAAUAGGUAGCUGUGCAGCCAGUAAUGGACUUGAUGAAUUUAAUAAUGGUAAUCAUCAGUUUACAGCAGAUCUUUAUAAUAGACUGAUUAAAGGAAGACAAGACAAGAACUUCGUUUUCAGUCCACUUACUGUCGCAAUUUCUCUUGGAAUAGCAAGAAUAGGAGCAAAUGGAAAAUCCGCUGAUGAAAUCACUGAAGCUGUGGGCUUGCCAAAAGAUAAUAAUGACUUAGUGAAAUCAUUAGUACAACUUGGAGAAGAACUGAAAUCAGAUCAAUUUAAACUCCACCAAGCAGUUGGUUUCUAUACAAGUCGAGAUGUUAAUGUUACCGAUUCGUUCAAGACAGAUUUGGAAAAAUGUCGCGAUGCAAAACUUGAAACUGUUGAUUUCAGUAAUGCAACUGACGUUGUUGAAAAUAUAAAUAAAUGGGUUGGAGUUCAAACUAAACACAAAAUUAAACAUUUGCUUUCCGAAGAUGAGGUUAGCAAAACUAGUCAACUUGUUUUGAUUAAUGCUGUAUAUUUUAAUGCAACCUGGAAACAUAAGUUUACAAUGUUACCAACAAAGAAGCGUUUCAGUUUAUCCAGAACCAAUUCAGUGAUGGUCGAUAUGAUGACCGUUACAAACCAUUUCAGAUAUUACGAUUUAGGCCACAUCGAUGCCAAAGCUAUCGAAUUACCGUAUGAAGGAAAAGAUGCAUCCAUGGUCGUAGUCUUGCCCAAUGCAGGUUAUUGGGGCGAUCUCUCAAACAUCAAUAACAAUUUGGCAAAAGUAAUAGAAAUUACCACGGCUGAUGAAUGUAAAGACAAAUGUUCGAUGCGAGAUGUGACUGUCGAAAUGCCGAUAUUCUCUGUUUGGGCUAGAUAUCGAAUGCAACAGGAUUUAAAUCAGCUGGGAAUAGAAACAGCGUUUUCGGAGGACGCAGACUUUACGAACAUGGCCGAUGGUUCGAUUAAAAUUCAUAAUUUUAUACAAAAGGCCUAUAUCAAUGUAACUACUGAAGGUACUGUAGCUACCGCUGCAAAUGAUAACAACGUCCAAUUCAGAUAUCUUUCAAGCAUGCGCCAUCAGACUCCUGAUCGCACCGUUUUCAACGUACAACAUGGAUUUAUGUAUUAUAUCAAACUUUCAAAUACCAUUAUAAUGGCUGGAAAAACAUCGCACAUGAGAUAAAAUUCAUAUAUGUUUUGUAUUCACAAAUAAAUUAUAUUUUUGACAGCUUAUUUUCAAUAGAUAUUAUUAUUUCUCUCUACACCUAAAAUAAUUAUUCCCCGAUGAACAGAUAACAAUUAAUACAAAUCUAAAC